AAAUAGGUCACAGCUUUACAGCAAAGAGAAAGAGCUGCUGUUUUGAGCAAUUGCCUUAUUUUCCGUUGAAUUCAGUUUCCUUCUUUGUUUCUGUCUGCGUUUAUGCAUCUUGCACUAUCUCUGUGUAUUUUCCUUUUAGUCUGUAGGAACUUUGGUACAAAACUUUUAAGCGUAGUGCCUUAGAAGAGGAUUUAUUCAAGCGCAGUUUUCCCUCAAUACCAAUGCUCAAUUGAAACCCGUUUGUUGAGUCACUACUUCGAAGUUUUAUCCCUUUGCGAGUUGAUCUCCCCUCCAUACCAACGUAUCUGUAUCUCUCCUGAGAAGUCUUUUCAGCUGUUUAUCACCGUUUCUCUAAGAAGCCCUCCAAAAGAAGUCUUUCCAAAUGUUAUGGGCCAUGGAACCAAUUCUACCUCAGCAGCUUGCCGAGUGCCUUGUCAAUAGUGUCCAGAGUCUUCUAAUCAUUGACAGCAGGUCCUUCCUGGAGUAUAAUGAUGCUCAUGUUAUCAACUCAAUCAAUAUCGGCUGCUCCAAACUAAUAAAGCGACGGUUGAUUACUAAUAAGAUUUCCAUACAAGAACUUCUAAAGACUGGCGAAAAUGUUCAACCAAAUCAGCUUGGGAAAGUUAUCGUCUAUGACCAGGAUACACAAGACAUGGAGGGUCUCUCUAAGGACAAUUUUAUGUCUGUAGUGUUUUCUAAGCUAACUAGCUCCUAUAAGGAUGUGUGUUUUCUUAAAGGUGGAUUCUCAUUUUUCGCAAGGGAAUUUCCCAAACUGUGUGAAUCACGGUCAAACCCAGGGAGAUGCGGCGUCAGAGCAGUUUUAUCACAACCUUGCUUGAGCACUGAAGCUCCAACGCACAUCCUUCCUUUCCUAUAUCUUGGUACACAGGAACACUCUUUAGAUGAGGAAUUUCUCAAUGCUACUGGCAUAAACUAUGUCUUGAAUAUUAGCUGUAGUUGUCCCGCAUUACCAGGCUUGGAGAAUACUGGGAGAUAUCUCAGAAUUCCUGUCAAGGAUACCAUAAAUGAGAACAUUUUGGACUGGUUUCCGACUGCUUUUGAUUUCAUAGAUAAAGUUCGUGAGGUUCAUGGUCGAGUUUUACUACACUGUUACGCUGGCAAGUCACGUUCUGCGACUAUUGCCAUUGGCUACAUUAUGAAGCAUCUACGAUUAUCACUAGAUGAAGCUUACAGGUUUGUUAAAGAGAGAAGGCCAACUAUUUCUCCCAACCUGAACUUCAUGGGACAAUUAAUGCAGUAUGAAAAAGACCUCAUGAUCACUACAACAGAGAAGAAGCCACCGCCCCCCUCUGCAAGCUUUGGCCACCGCCGCUUAGGUAGCGGUUCCAGUUUUACAGAGCUUACAGCCCCAGUAUAGAUCUAUUUAUUGUUUCUUUCCUAUUCAGCACCUCCAUUUUAGUGACCAUACUAAGGGUUAUGGCAGAUAUAUUAUUUAAUCAACAUCCCCAAACUGUAAGUAAACGUGGGAGGGGGCACAUGCAUUCGCCAUCUAUUUUCUUGCCCCGUUUUUAUAGGUGUUACGACCCUGCAAACAGUCCUUAUGUGUUAUCUCUCACAAUGGUGAGUUAUUGGGUCCUGAAUGAGAGAUUGAAUCCUUUUUUCAGGCAUGUUCCAUUUCUGUUUUCUCAAACCUUUUAUACCCAAAUCAUGUCCCCCUUUCUGAAGUCAACUCCUUUUCCCGCUAAAUCAGCUAAAACUCAGAGUAUAUUCUCAUGUAUAUAAUAAGCUUAAAAUUUAUACAGUAUUUACAAAAACUUUAUUGUGCUUUCCCUAUUACACAAUGUCAUGACCUCUGGCUAUAUUUCUGUAACGUUUUUGUCAGUGUACUAUUGUACAUUUUAUACUUGUACUAAUGGCAAAAAUUUGUACUUGCAGGAUGUUUAAAGUGCGUUGAAUAGACUUGCGUGUUUUGUUUUUGUUUAAUUAAAGAAACCUCAUUAUUUGAAAAUAAUAACUUCCUGCGUUAUUUGAUGCUUUGGAAAUAUUAUCACGCUGUUUUUAUUGUAGGAUUGAUUGGAUUUUACAGUGAUUCAAGCGGAGUUUUGGACAUACUGAAAUAAAUAUCUCAUCACUCAGCAUUUUAUAGCUGAACGUCACGCAAGUCGCAAGGGUUUUAAGAAAGGGGGCCGGAUUCAUUGUUCUUCCGUUAUUGUUCUUUUAUUCCUAAGCCAAGUAUCUGAAAAUAGUGGGGCCGAGCCCCGCUCGGCCCACUUCUAGAUCCGCCCCUGGACUUUAUUGUUACCAAUAGUGUUCUAGUAUUGUUACCUAUAGUGUUCUAGUAUUGUUACCUAUAGUGUUCUAGUAUUGUUACCUAUAGUGUUCUAGUGUGCUUAGAAGCAGGCAACAAAAGGCUCUUAUCGCUAGCUUUUACUUUUGAUAUGAUUCCGAUUAUAAUAGACAAUUUUUGCUCGGUAGAAACGAUUUUUCUGUUGUAAAUAAGGUACAAAAAGAGGAUUAAAAAAAUAUACGGAAA